AUGGCUGACAAAUCAUCCGCUGUUAAAGAUCAGGUUGAAAAAUUAAUCAAAGACAAUACGGUUAUGGUAUUUUCAAGAACAACUUGUCCCUACUGUACAAAAGAUGAAAUAGAUAAUGGUGAUUUGUAUCAAGACGUAUUAGGUAAAAUGACCAAUGCUGCCACGGUUCCACGAGUAUUUCUUGCCGGUGAAUGUAUUGGUGGAGGAGAUGAUACUGAAGCCUUAGAAAAAUCAGGAGAAUUAGAAAAAAGAUUAAAAAAGAUAGAUGCUAUCCAAAAUUAA